CGUUCCUCUCCUUCCCUCGCUGGAUUAAUUAAAUUAGCUCUCGCCUCGUCCUUUGCCCGUACACACGCUUCGUUCCCGGAUCGAGAAAUGGAGGUAAAGCUCCGCACGGCCGCAUCGCUGGUAAAGAGGCUGAAUUCAGCGGCGGAUGCCGACUCCGCCGCCGAAGCCAUCGCAGAGAUCCGCCUCCUCUCCAAGCACGACCCCGAGAUCCGCCCCCUCCUCGCCGACGCCGGCGCCAUCCCCGUCCUCGCCGCCCGCCUCCUCCCCGGCGGCGGCCGCCACUCCCCGCCCUCCCAGGAGAACGCCGCCGCCGCCCUCCUCAACCUCUCCAUCUCCUCCCGCGAGACCCUCAUGUCCACCCCUGGCAUCCUCGACGCCCUCGCCGCCGCCAUCCGUCUCCCCUCACCCUCCACCGCCGCCACCGCCCAGCACGCCGCCGCCACCCUCUACAGCCUCCUCACGGUGGAUGCCUACCGCCCCAUCAUCGGCUCCAAGCGCCCUCUCGUCGCCUCCCUUAUCGCCAUCCUCCGCGCCCCCAAUCCCCCCACCCGCUCCAUCAGGGACGCCCUAAAAGCCCUCUUCGGCAUCGCCCUCUACCCCCUCAACCGCCCGGCCAUGGUCGAUCUCGGCGCCGUCCCAGCCCUCUUCUCUCUCGUCGUCAAUGACGGCCGGACCCGCGUCGUGGAGGACGCCACGGCGGUGAUCGCACAAGUGGCGGGGUGUUACGAGAGCGUCGACGCCUUCCGGGAGGUAGCAGGAGUUAGAGUUCUGGUGGAUCUGGUGGACGGCGGCGGGGGGGCGAGCGGAAUGGCGAGGGAGAACGCGGCGGCGGCGCUGCUGAACCUGGUGAUGAGCGGCGGGGAGGACGCGGCGGCGGACGUGCGGGAGAUAGAGGUGGUGGAGACUGCCCUCAGGGAGCUCGCCGGCGGCGGUGCGAGCGCGAGGGCCACGAGCAAGGCCGAGUCGCUGCUUAGGGCUUUGGAGAACGGGCGCGGGGGCCGACGCCACCGGUUCGCCGAUUUGAAGGCGAAGUCGGCACUGCGGCCGCAGCUUUCCGCUUUGUCCGCUGCUACCACCGUCAAUAAUUAGAUUAGGGGUUGUUUAGAGACUUUUAGACGGUGGUGGUUAAUUGAUUUCCUUUCUUCUUGGGGUGUUUAGAGACUUCUGGACCCUGCCAAUCUUGCACCUGAUGGAGAAGUGUCUGUAAACAGAUACAUAUGUUUUCCUACCAAAAAAUAGAUACUUCUUUUAUUAGAUAAGUUUUUUAGGAAAUGCAUAAUUUAUCACUCUUUCUGUGUCACAUUUGCAUUAACAGGCGUGCAUGGUUACAUUUUGUGCAA